CUGCGCUACUGCCGGACCGGGGCGGUUAUGGCGGCUCCAUAUUAACACCCUCCUCCUCCUCUCUCCCUCCCGCCCGCGCUCGUAAGCCAGCUCCCCCUUCACCCUGACGCCUGCCUCUUCCCCUCACCUUUCCCCCUCCCCUCUUCUACCAUGCCUGGCAUGAUGGAGAAAGGGCCCGAGUUACUGGGGAAGAACCGAGCGGCCAACGGCAGCGCCAAGAGCCCAGUGGGCGGCGGCGGCGGCGGCGGCGGCGCCUCAUCCACCAACGGCGGGCUGCACUACUCGGAGCCCGAGAGCGGCUGCAGCAGCGACGACGAGCACGGUGAUGUUGGGAUGAGAGUCGGAGCUGAAUACCAAGCUCGGAUCCCUGAAUUUGAUCCAGGUGCUACAAAGUACACAGAUAAAGACAAUGGAGGGAUGCUUGUAUGGUCUCCAUAUCACAGUAUCCCAGAUGCCAAAUUGGAUGAAUAUAUUGCAAUUGCAAAGGAGAAACAUGGCUACAAUGUGGAGCAGGCACUUGGCAUGUUGUUCUGGCAUAAACAUAACAUUGAGAAGUCCCUUGCUGAUCUCCCUAAUUUCACUCCCUUUCCGGAUGAGUGGACAGUGGAAGAUAAAGUCCUAUUUGAACAAGCCUUUAGUUUUCAUGGGAAGAGCUUUCACAGGAUUCAGCAAAUGCUUCCAGAUAAGACAAUUGCAAGCCUUGUAAAAUAUUACUAUUCCUGGAAAAAAACUCGCUCUAGGACAAGUUUGAUGGAUCGCCAGGCUCGUAAACUAGCCAAUAGACAUAAUCAGGGUGACAGUGAUGAUGAUGUGGAAGAAACACACCCAAUGGAUGGGAAUGAUAGUGAUUAUGAUCCCAAAAAAGAAACCAAAAAAGAGGGUAAUACUGAACAACCUGUCCAAACUAGCAAGAUUGGACUUGGAAGGAGAGAGUAUCAGAGUUUACAACAUCGCCAUCAUUCUCAGCGUUCUAAGUGCCGUCCACCCAAGGGCAUGUAUUUAACCCAGGAAGAUGUGGUAGCUGUUUCUUGUAGUCCCAAUGCAGCCAACACCAUCCUGAGGCAACUGGACAUGGAGCUGAUCUCUCUAAAACGUCAGGUUCAGAAUGCUAAGCAAGUAAACAGUGCACUAAAACAGAAAAUGGAAGGUGGAAUUGAAGAAUUCAAACCUCCUGAGUCAAAUCAGAAAAUUAAUGCCCGUUGGACCACAGAGGAGCAGCUUCUAGCAGUGCAAGGUGUCCGCAAAUAUGGUAAAGAUUUUCAAGCUAUUGCAGAUGUAAUUGGCAACAAGACUGUUGGCCAAGUGAAGAACUUCUUUGUAAACUACAGGCGUCGGUUUAACUUAGAGGAGGUAUUGCAGGAGUGGGAAGCAGAACAAGGAACCCAGGCUUCUAAUGGUGAUGCUUCUACUUUAGGGGAGGAGACAAAAAGUGCUUCUAAUGUGCCAUCAGGGAAGAGCACUGAUGAAGAAGAGGAGGCACAGACCCCACAAGCUCCUCGGACUCUGGGUCCAUCACCUCCUGCCCCAUCAUCCACUCCAACACCAACAGCCCCCAUUGCCACUCUGAACCAGCCUCCACCACUUCUUCGUCCAACACUGCCUGCUGCCCCUGCUCUUCACCGGCAGCCUCCUCCACUCCAGCAGCAGGCUCGGUUCAUCCAGCCCCGGCCAACUUUAAAUCAGCCUCCACCACCUCUCAUUCGCCCUGCUAAUUCUAUGCCACCCCGUCUAAACCCGAGACCAGUGUUGUCCACGGUUGGUGGUCAACAGCCACCAUCACUUAUUGGAAUUCAGACAGAUUCACCGUCCUCACUGCACUAAAAAUUAAAUUGGACAGAGCUACAGUAACUUUUCACCCCAUCAUUAUACUAGUGCUCAUCUGACUAAUGCAAAAGAGGAAAGAAUAAUCCUUCGUAGUGAGGCUGCGAACUAUUUCUGUGGCAGUGCACUAGCGUAAGUGGAUGUCCAAGAAAUUUUUCAGUUCACUAGACUGAAAUGUUAUACAACGAAAAGCCUCCAGUUAGCCUCCUUUCUAGAGUAUAUGUUCAGCAAUGUGAUCUCAUAAAAGGAAAAAAAAAAAGUUUUAAGUAUUCUAUAC